GCUCGGAUGUGGGCGAGCAAGCUGGUCGGAACUACGAAACAAAAAAGCUUUUUAUUAGUGAAAUAUUACUGUUAUCCUUCGUGUAUAAUAUUUGCAAUACAAAAAAAAAACAUGUUUCACAUAGCCGAGUAAUGUGACAUUGGACAGAUAUUCAUACACGACAUUUGAUAAUAUUUUACCAUGAAGAUAGAGGUCUAUGUACCAGUUUGAAUGAUUAAAACACAUAAUAAAUGUCUGGAUCAAACUCAACAUAUCAAAGACGCAAUAUUCCAAUUGCAUAUGAUGUUCUUGACGAAAUCCAUAAGACAAUCUGUAACGUAUAUUUGUACAGACAAGCAAAAUUUUAGAAUAGAUUUUUAAACCUCGAGAUGAACAACACAAACAGAAGACAAACUUGAGUUUGUGGAAUACCUGUAACAUCUACCUGUUGAAACAAUGUGUAAACGAUCUACGAUGUUUUGGAUUUUGCUUAUACUUUUGACGGAAUACAAACUUCAAGUUUUGGAUGCAUUAGCCAGAGAAGGACCAACAUUCGUCGUCGAACCACCAGGUAGCGUUGACUUUGCAAACGACACGGGCGCAGUAAUUUCUUGCUCGGCUCGAGGGAACCCUCCUCCAGUUAUUACCUGGACAAAAGAAAAGGGGGAAUUGGUAACUAAUGUCCCAGGCCUUAGAUACGUUCGGCCAGAUGGUUCACUUGUAUUUACACAAUUCGGAGCAGAUGAAUACAAACAGGAUAUUCAUGACUCCACCUAUAGAUGUGUUGCUUCCAACGUCAUUGGUAAAGUUGGAAGUGUAAACGUUCGAGUAAAAGGUGUGGUUCUCCAGAGUUUUAAAGUAGAAGUUUAUGACGACUACGUGGUAACCGGAAACACUGGGGUGUUGAGAUGUCGCAUUCCUGAUCUCGUAAAGGAAUACGUCACAGUGACGGCAUGGCUACAGGAUGGAUUAUUUAUCAUCAGGGGUUCUUCAACGGCAAGUGAAGGACUGUCUUCGAAGGGAGAGGAUCAAGAUACUACGUUGGCCAGGCAACAGCCCAGAUCUCAACUCUAUCGAAAACUGCUGAAAGGCAGAUAUAGUGUGUUUCCAAGUGGAGAGUUUCAUGUUCGAAGAGUAACUGUUUCAGACGUCCGUAAAACGUUUCGUUGUCAAGUCCGGAACCGCUUGACGGGCGAAACUCUGACAAGUUCUUCUUCUGGAAGACUCGUGGUAACAGAUGCAAUAAGCAUGCUUCCCAGAUUAACAGACUUCAAACGUCACCUGACAGCAAUGGAAGGGAAUAUGUUUGAGAUACCCUGUGCUGCACAGGGUUCUCCUGUGCCGCUGUAUGAGUGGUACAAACAUGUGAGUGACGGACUCAGCCAGAUUAUAGAUGGAAAGGAAUAUACUUUUCUAGACGGAACAUUGUUAAUCCACACUCCCAGCUCAAAAGAUAGUGGAAAAUACCGAUGCAUUGUAAAGAACAGCUUGGGAUCAGAAAGUGCUGAUACAGAAUUGGUGGUUUUAGCACCUCUGUCUGCCAAAAUACACCCUCGGCACCAAAUAGUGGAUGUGGGAGGAACUGCUUCAUUUAGCUGUAAUUACUCCGGAUUUCCGAUCUUAUCAUUAGAAUGGAAAAAGGACAACAGACCUUUUCAACGGAGCGACCGAGUUAGACUGAUGGGAGAUAAAAGGCUUCGAAUUUACCCUGUGAAAAGACAAGAUAAAGGAAUGUAUCAAUGCUUUGUCCACAAUGAAAUGGAGGCUGCUCAAGCUGCUACCGAACUCAGGAUUGGUGAUGAUGAACCUAUAUUUCAAGAGACAUUUCAAGAUCAGAUACUUAAACCAGGACCUCCAAUAUCGAUAAAAUGUGUUGCUCAAGGUAAUCCUUUACCCCAAGUAACGUGGUUAUUGGAUGGCAUGCCAUUACCCGCGAGUCCUCGGUUCUCCAAAGGCGAUUACGUUACUGAGAAUAACAUUGUAAUUAGUUAUGUGAAUGUCUCCAGUGUUCGACCAGAGGACGGGGGAAACUAUCAAUGCAUAGCCAAGAAUGAAGUGGGUGCACUCGAACAUUCUGGGAAAAUUCAGAUAUACGGACCUCCAUUCGUCAGAUCAAUGAAAAACAUGUCUGUUUUAGAAGAAGAAACUCUAGAAUUACAAUGUCCUGUAGGAGGCUACCCGAUUGAUUCUAUAAUCUGGGAGAAAGGUGGUUCUAGAUUACCAUAUAAUCAAAGGCAGAAAGUGUAUACUAACGGCACCCUUGUUGUGGAAAGUGUUGAUCGAGCCACAGAUGAAGGAAAAUACGUUUGUCAAGCUAAAGACAAGAAGGGUAGGAUGGCCAAAAGCAGCGUUUACAUAUCUGUUUUAGUUCGUCCCGUCAUUCAACCAUUCAGUCUUCCGACUUCCAUUCAUUUUGGACAGAGGUUCAACAUUAUGUGUGUUGUCACCAAGGGUGAUCCACCGGUCACCAUUAGUUGGUUAAAAAAUGGUCAGAAGUUUGCAGAUUAUCUAAACAUAAAAGAAGUUCGUGUCACUGAUUUUUCAUCUACGCUAGUGUUCGAUUCUGUCCGCCCAGAGUACCAUGGUAAUUAUACCUGCUUGGCCAGUAACGCAGCUGGGACCUCAAAUCAUACAGCUACCAUGAUCAUCCAUGUUCCACCUACUUGGAAAAUUGAACCAAACGAUGUGGCUGUGACAAAAGACAAGAACACCAUCAUUAACUGCAAGGCUGAAGGUUUUCCGUUUCCAACAAUCCACUGGAAGAAAGCGAAGGAUACUGACGCACCAGGACAAUACUCCCCAGUCAUCAGUAAUUCCCGUCUUCAUGUUUAUGAUAAUGGAACCCUUAUUAUCUACAAGUCACAGAAGAAUGAUGCAGGGUUCUAUUUAUGCGAAGCAAACAAUGGUGUGACACCUUCGGUUAGCAAGGUUAUCCGAUUAGAUGUCAAUGAGCCUCCAGCUUUCAAAUCCCGUUUCCAAGUGGAAACUGCCCGAAAAGGUCUUCGGGCAAGGUUAGGAUGUGAGGCGAAAGGAGACAACCCUAUGACAAUUUUGUGGCUUAAAGAUAAACAACGGCUAGAUAUUAGAGAAUUGGAAAGUCUGGUGGAAACAGACUUAUUGAACAAUCUUACAGAACCACCAGAUAAGCCUCAAAAUGUGAAGGUGGUGUCAUUUACCAGUAGAAGUGUGACAUUGUCAUGGUUACCACCCUUCACAGGAAACAGCCCAGUACUGGAAUUUAAAAUACAAUGGAAGAGAAAAGAAGAUAGCUGGCACCAGAAGUCAUCUAAUUCCUCUGUUCGUGGAAAUGAUACAACGUUCACUCUCUCAACUCUCUUCCCUUUCACAAGUUAUGAAUUCCGUAUCUUUGCCGUAAACAAAUUAGGUUCAAGUCAAGCUAGUCAAGUGGUACAUGUUAAAACAGAUGAAGAAGCACCUGGUGGGCCACCCAUAGAAGUUGAAGUUGAAGCUACAGGAUCUCAGUCAAUCAAAGUGACUUGGAAGCCCCCUGCUGAGCAACUUCUAUUUGGUUUUCUGAAAGGUUACUACGUUGGAUACAAAAUAGCUGGAUCUCUUAAUACCUAUGUUUAUCAGACACUAAAAAUAGGAGAUCCAAAUUUCAGAGAAAAAACUCGUCUCACCAAUCUAAGACGCUUUACAAAAUAUGCAGUCGUUGUUCAGGCAUUUAAUAGUAAAGGAACAGGACCAGCUUCGGAAGAAUCAAUAGUACGAACAUUAGAAAAUGAUCCUCCUGCACAACCUUCGUUAGAUAUAUUAGCAAGUACAUCUUCUUCAGUUCAUCUUUCAUUUAGGAGAAAAGAUCAUAUUAAAAAUAAUCACAUUUCUGGGUAUCUACUGUACUAUAAAGAUGAAAGAGAAGAAUGGAACACGAUUGCAAUUCCACCGAAUAUCAUAGACUACAAGGUGACAAAUUUGAAGUGCGGCUCUCAUUACCUGUUUUAUUUAAUAGCCUUCAAUUCUGCAGGUAAAGGAAAGCCGAGUGAAACAAUUAGUGUCGAAACUAAAGGAGUGGCUCCAGUUGUACCAAGUAAGCACUUACUGCUUUCUGUGAACUCCACUUGGGCAAAUAUCCACCUAGCGGCAUGGGGCGAUGGGGGUUGUCCCAUUAGUUACUUCUCUAUCCGUUAUAAAAUAGAAGCAGAUAAAUCAUGGAUAACUUACUCCGAUCACAUUCUUAGUUCUCAAAAGGAUGUUUUCCUGUCGAAUCUUACCCCUAGAACACACUAUCGGCUCCAGAUCGCAGCUAAGAGCCCGGCUGGAACCACUGAAGCCGAGUACUCAAUUCUAACUCUACCAGCUACUGCAGCAGAUUCAAAAUCUUCUGUAGAAAAAUUAGGAAAAGAGCAUGUGCCAUUAUACUUGGAUCUGAGCAUUGUUCUGCCUGUUGUCGUGUCAUUAAUGGUAGUUAUAGUUAUUAUUACGGUUGUAUUUAUUAUUCUACGAAGGCAUCAUUCACCAGAGGGCUCCAAUAAUGACAGUAUUACCUAUACCAGAAGAAAGUUACAAUCUCAAGAUGCUCUAAACAUGAUUAAUUUCAACCAUAACUUAAAAGAAGGCCUUGAUUCAAUGGAAGAUGGCGCCACCAUUUAUUAUCCCGAACCUUAUGCAACAACUAAGUUAUCUAGUCAUGAAGAAAAUCAACUUAGUGAAUCAGGCAGAGAUGAACCUCUAUAUGCUACAGUGAAACGUACACCUCGACCACCUCGAUCUGGCACCCACAUCUACCAUUAUCCAGUUCGAGCAUCUUCUGAUGCAGUCGAUGAUAACUCUCCUUCUACAAGUGAAUGGAAAGAGGCUCCGUUAGGGCUAAGCAGGGAAGAGCCUAACACAUGCAAAUCUCUUACAGAAUCUCCAAGACGUAAGCUAUCGAAACGAUCCAGCAAACUAUCCGAAAAUUGAAAUCAAGGAAAACAAUUAUCUAGAUUUAGACAAUAAUAGGGAACACCUAUCGGUUGAAAGUAGUGAAACUCAAGUUCCCUUUGGAAAGGAACUUGUGACAUCAGGAAAAAAAAUAUUAACAUAAUUUUUUAUUUGUUUUAAAUUUAUUGCAUUUUUUCCUGAAGCAUCUUACUUUUAGAUGUCUGGAAAAGCUUGAAAUUCAUUACAAAUCUAUUCAUUUGACGAUGUUAUAAUAAAUAAAUUUAAUCUUGUUUUUAGAAAAUAAAUAUUUAACAACUUUUCAGGUGAAUGCGUUUUGCUUUGCUACAUUUUGCACUAAUUUUUAAAUAUGUAUUUUAAUGAUAAUGAAAUUAAUAUUUUAUAUAGUCAAAGCUCACCCAAAAAAUACAAGCCGUGCGGAGGUUGCGAUUUAUAAUCAUUAAACAGAAUGUCCAAAUAUUUUAUCAAAAUUAAGUAACGAUUUCUGUUUUAAUAUGUACUAAGCAUUCCCCUUCAUAGUUAAAUUGUUCAAGAUGAUUAUUUUUAUUUGUAUAUUUUGACCAAGACAACGUUUAGUCAAUAUGCUUUGAAGUUAGUGUUACUCUUAACCUU